AUGUACUCAGGUUCCAGGACCUCAGCGGACAGCGUCCAGUCUUCCCCGUGUUUUGAGGUGCUGGAAAGCAGCAUUGCUAAGACCAACUUUCCGGAUGCUUUGGACAAUCUCUGGAACAAGCUUCAGGCUUCAAUCGCUGAAGACGAGCUACUCAAAUGUAACGAUCUUGAGGUCCUAGAUGUCGCCAAGGGAGAGAUCGAGCUGGAUGAAUAG